UGACGUAUUAUUGUGAUUUCCUGUGUGCUGUUUUUUCGAAUUCGAAGUCGCAGGAGGAAGAGGAGGAGGAGGCCGCGUCGAGUAUGGCUGACGGUGUGGAUCACAUAGAUAUCUACGCGGACGUUGAAGAGGAAUUUAGCCAGGAGGCAGACUACAAUGUCCACGAGCAGAUAGACCUGUAUGAUGAUGUCAUCUCGCCCUCCGCUAAUAAUGGGGACGCCCCCGAGGACCGGGACUACCUGGACGCCCUCCCCCCUCCCGGGGGCAGCGAGGGGGGCAAGGGGGCCCCGCCCAACGUGGUCUACACCUACACCGGCAAGAGGAUCGCCCUGUACAUAGGCAACCUCACCUGGUGGACGACCGAUGAAGAUUUGACGGAUGCGAUCCGCUCCGUUGGUAUUAAUGACGUCUUGGAGAUAAAGUUCUUUGAGAACCGGGCCAAUGGCCAAUCCAAGGGGUUCGCCUUGGUCUGUGUGGGGUCGGAGUCAUCCUCACGGAAGCUUCUGGAGCUGCUGUCCAAGAGGGAACUGCAUGGCCAGAACCCCAUCGUCACACCCUGCAACAAGCAGUCGCUCAGCCAGUUCGAGAUGCAGUCCAGGAAAAGUCCAGGCACCCAGUCGGGACAGAUGUCCGGAGAGGGCAAGGCCGGCCCCCCCGGCAUUGGCCCCCGGGGCUUCCCCCUCGGCAGGGGACGGGGUCGAUUCCCCGGCCCUGGUGGAGACCGGUUCCCGGGCCCCGUGGGUCCAGGUGGGCCACCCCCACACUUCCCAGGGUCUGGGAUGAGGCCCCCCGAACUCAUAUCCCAUAGGCACCCGGACGGCCAUCUGAUGGAAAUGAAUUUCAAUUGCUUCCAGCCGGGGCGUGAUGGGAACUGGCGACCCAGAGGAGGCCUUCAAGGACCUCCCCGGCCCCCACCGGGCCCCCCUGGGCCCCCAGGUCCGCCGGGACCUCCCCCACCAGGACAGGGUCUUCCCCCGCCCCUCUCAGGGCCCCCGAACCGAGGCGACCGGCCCCCACCCCCGGUCAUGUUCUCGGGCCAGUUCGGGCAGCCGCCCAUGGGCCCCAUCCCUCCCGGACCCCCUCCCCCCGUCCCAGGCUACGGCCCCCCUCCCCCGCAGCAGGGCCCCCCACCUCCCGGGCCCUUCCCUCCCCGCCCCCCGGGCCCUAUCGGGCCCCCGCUCGCCCUGGCCCCCCCACCCCACAUGCCCGGCCCCCCUCCUGGCGGCCCACCCCCAGCACCCCAUGUGAACCCCGCCUUCUUCCCCCCGCCCGGAAACAGCAACCUGCCCUCGGCGGACGGCCGGGGCCCCCCCUCCAACGACCCCUACGGCCGGCCUCCGUACGACCGGGGCGAGUACGGCCCUGGGGGGAGGGAAAUGGACGCCGCGCGCACCCCUCUCAGCGAGGCAGAGUUCGAGGAGAUCAUGAACCGCAACCGCGCCAUCUCCAGCAGCGCUAUCUCCAGGGCAGUGUCGGACGCCAGCGCGGCUGAUUACGGCAGUGCGAUCGAGACACUGGUCACGGCGAUCUCGCUCAUCAAGCAGUCGAAGGUGUCGGCGGACGAUCGGUGCAAGGUGCUGAUCAGCUCGCUGCAGGACUGCCUGCAUGGGAUCGAGUCCAAGUCCUACGGUUCUGCCUCCAGCAGGCGCGAGCGGUCACGGGAGAGGGACCACAGCCGCUCCCGGGAGAAGAGCCGAAGGCACAAGUCACGCAGCCGCGACCGGCACGAGGACUACUACCGCGAACGCAGCCGUGAGCGGGAGCGGCACCGCGAGAGAGACCGCGACCGCGAACGAGACCGCGACCGCGAGAGGGAGUACCGACACCGCUAGGACAGCUGACGGAAGAGGAGGAUCGGGACCGCACCCGUCGUCAGGGAAACGGACCAACCAUCACCUUCACCUUCUCCCCCGGCCCCGCCCCGCCCCGCCCGGACGGAGCAGCUGUUCAGAGCUCUGAGGCUGCUCAGACCAGCCACAGUAACUGUAUCAGGUUCUACAUUCAUGGUAAAGAAAAAAAAAAAGACAACUUAAACGCAGCUCUUUUUAUUUUCAUCACUGGCUAAAGUUUUAUUUGUUAAAAAAAAAUUACCUGUGCGAUUUAAAUUUUCCGGCUUUGCAAAAAAAACAACAAAAAAAAACCAAGAAUAUAAAAUUGACCGUCGCGUGCCGCCAGCAAACGCUAAACUUUUUUUAUGGCUAUAAACGUGUAACUUGUGAUUUAGAAAUGUUUUUAUAGGGAUUUUCUUUUUUCCUUUCCCCAUUGUAGUGUCCUCAUUUGGAUAAUGUCUGUAAACGUCACAGCUUUGAUUAUUAACAGAAUAGAUUGUGUUGUAAUAAAAUCUUUUGCGUAGGCUAAAGGCCUCACUCCCACACCCAUUCCUCUACCUGCCUGGCCCCGUUUUCAUUUAUAUUAAAUGUGUACCUCGUUUGCAGACUUUCAUAUUGAAUUUUUAACUGAUCCAGCCUUGGUGGUAAAAGGUAAUAUGGUCUGUGCUCAAACAUUUUAGCAAUUUUUUUUUCUUUCCCUUUUUCUUUUUCUUUUUUUUUCAUUCAAAAGAUCAAUAUGCAAAAUUAUGUCGUCUUGAUACCGGAAUUUUUAUACCUUAAGCAGUCCUAGUCCUUGAAUUGAGAGUGAUGGUUCGGUUACACAGAGGCACUCUCCCCAUCAAGAUGCUACUGUUGUGCCUGAGUCGAGUAUUCGAUUCAACCUCCCCAUCAGUCUUUAUUUAGCUAAUCCAUCAGGGCAUGGUGUUUUGUUUUUCAGCAAGGUUUUUAGUCCUGUGGACCACUGAUAUGGAAAACGGCACCAUAUUAUGGUUUUGAUCAGUUCGGAAGAACCUCGUUUUUAGCAGCUUGUCUUCGGACUGCAGGCAUUUCACAUGACUGGGCACAGACCAUAGCAGAAAGCAGGGGGCUGUUCUAAAGUAAAUGUUAUUUUUUUGCCCCUAAAUGUUGAUCUUUAGUAAUGAUAAUUUUGGUUUAAUUUGAAAGGCUGUCGUACAUUUUAACCACUUAAUUCACGAACGUUUUGACUUCUGUUACGAAAAUGGAUGAAAGCAAGCAGACCAAACAUCGUGAUUUUUAAAGGUUAACCCGAAGUGAUGUGGUAGCAUUGUCUUAAAUGGUCAUGUUAACCAUCUGAAAGUGGUGGUAACUUCAAUUUAGGCUUCGUGACCAUUUUGGAAGUUAAAAAUCAAUUGUCUUGUACUCAUUAAAGUUGGAAUUGUCUGUCUGCACAGUUCAUGGGCAUGCGAUUUUUCUCCUGCAACACUUUCCGUGGAGCCAAAAGUUGAUGUUGUACAGCUUGUUGUGAACGUGGUUUUACUGGUACAUUGUCAUGGUCCCAGGUAUUAAGUCUCCAUAGCAGAAUAUGAAUAAAUGUCUUGAUUGUUACAGGCAAUCUUAACAGUUAAAGAUAUGUUCCCUCACCAGAUCUUCCGGAUGGGUGUUACAGGCAGAAGUAUAGGGGCUACAAAAUGACAUCCAGAUACAAUAUAAACUAAAUGACUCUUCUGAAUCAUGUGCUUAAAACGUGGAGAUUUUGUGACAAAGUAAAUGCAAGCAAAUACAUUGGUUGGACAAAUCAUGUUACACUCAACCUGUAAAUUAACUUCUUGGUUCGUAUUCAGUGCACCCAACUUAAAAUCCCUGCUGUUAAUUUUAAAAUGCUCAAUUUUAUGAAUACUCAAAAGUCCGGGUGAAGGGACUUGUUGGGCUAGAAUAUUUUCUGUGGCGAAACAUGACGGCACACUCCAGACCACCAGGAGCCAUUGUAAGAUUAUCCAUAGCCUGAUAAUGUCAUUAUGUCCUUUCCGUUCCAUAUGCGUUUCCAUGAUGCAUGAGGAAUGUAGACUGGCGAUGGAGAAAUGCCUGCUCUUUGGUUGGUUGAAGUUUUUUGGAUGACGUGUGAUCGUACUAGCCUUAGUAGCUCUAAUGGUAAUCGUUCAAAAUCUUCUAAUUUGCCAUGGCAAUAUUGUUUAGGCUUCUGUUAAUUAUCUUAUGCUUCCCCUCUUGGAAUUUCUGUCUAUGCCGACUGAUUAUUAUUAUUUUUUUCCCCUGCUUGGGUUAUUUGACACUUUUGGCACUGGUCGGCCACAGCAAAGAGCAUACAGUAAAAUUGUAGCGUUUCAGCAGGUUGUGAGCGUGUACUUCUGGUUGGCCUCAGGAUAGAUGAACAAUAAAUUCCUUCUGUAGGCAUCCUAUGAGCAGUCAUUUCUCUAAACAGAAUGGGUUUUCUUUCUUUUUUUUUUUUUUUUUUUUUUAAGUUUUUUUUUUAUCCAUUCGUCUUACCCACUACGGAAAAUGUUCAGAUGAGUAUAUCUGUGGCUCUGGAAGCCUAAUGGGUGUGCCCUAGUGCCGUCAUUCAGAAUGGCCCAGCUACGAUGUCCUUUCCCAAUCCUAAUGUGUUCACCAUGGGUGUUGCCACUGUAGUGUCGAAGAUGAAAAAUAAAAUGUGCAUUGGAUGAUUGCUAAAGAGGAAUUAUGGCCCUGUAUCACUGCUGUGGACAGUGUUUAAAGUAAAGUUUGCUUUUGCAGUGGAAUUCUAUGUAAAAUUAAAAUGGGAAGAGCAUUUUUCGUCCCUCUACAAAAUGUUUAAAGUAUAAAGUAUCGGUAAGUUGUUGAACCAAAAACUGUUUUACACCUCAAUUUUGUAAAUGGAACCAAAACGGCCGUAGUCAGUUUCUGUUCCGGUUAGCUGUGCAUAUGGAAAAUGUAUCCGUUUGCUUCUUAAAUUUUCUUAAAGGGAUUCUUCAGGUUUAUCUGCUUGACAUGAUGCUCUUUCCUGCAUCCUUUGGUUGAAGUGAUCAACAGGAGGGUCAGGGAUGUUUUUAAAUACACACUGUCCUGUAUGAAAUGUCCUCAAUAAACUACAUUUUACUUAUUACUCAUUUUGAAAUCACUGAUAGCCUUUAUGUCCUGUGGAACCAUUACAAUGUUAGUGUCAGGUCCACUCAAAAUGCCAGAACGGCAACCUGUGAAAGCUUUUGAUUGGUCUCAUAUUUUGUUUUUGGUUUUUUAGAAAUGUUAAUUGUGAAAAUGUAUUUCAGAAUUUGCCAUCAAGAGGUGUAGUGUUUACAGAUGUAUUGUGUUUUUGUCUUUGCAAGGUUAAAUGUGUAAAAUCAGUUUGAAACGGUGUUUGAUUGCAGCACUUUUGAACUUUGAGUGUUCCUGUUGCUGUCUUUGAAGUUCAUCUUCCAGGUAAGUGUGGUAAGGACAGGAGGAUCAUUUCUUUGGGGGAAAAAAAAACAAAAAACUAUCUAACCUAAAUUUGAAUCUCUGGAAGUCUUGGCCUCUGAUGCCCAUCAAUGUAUAAUACUAUACAUUUAGAAUCAUUGUUGGUUCCUGAAUAUUUGGUGGUUUCACAAAGCAAUUAAAACUUGAGACUAGAAGCUUUAGCCAUUUUUAGAUCAUGCUUUUGAUGCCGACUGGCUUUGAAUGUCCCGCAAAACUUGUUUCUCUUGUGUGCUGUCCUUUUAAUAUUUUUCCAGGAACGAUAUGAUUUACUCAAAGCCCCCACCCAGCUUGCCUACUUUAGUACAGUCAUCUUGAGGCCCAGUCAUCCUGUGGCUGGAAAAAGCCUCAAAUCGCCACUCUUCAGUUGUGUUAGCUGCACUUCAUGGAGAAUAGGCCGGUCCCCAAUUUGAUCAUUUUAAACCAUGGUAGAAUCUCAUAACUCAUACUGCAUGCGAGGGGUAGGUGACCCCGGUCCUGGAGUGCCAGUGAUGUGUCUCGGUUUUUUUGUUCCAUCUGAGCUCGAUCACACGAGUUUGGUAGUUCAUUAAAACGCGUCAAACCUGAAUAUUCUGAAUGGUGAAACGCUGAGUGUCUCCAGCACCAUGGUGUUCUGAUUCAUUACAGCCAGUUAUGGAGUCUCCUUAUGUAGUUACAGGUUUGGUUGGACUGAAAACCUGGACCAUGUCUGGCACUCCAGAAACAGGGUUGCCUACCCCUGGCAUAGGUCAAAGGUCAUUUGUUUUAAUGCAUUACAACUACCUCAAGUUGUUCCUCUCGUCAAAGGAAUGGCACGUUUUGAAGCUGUUGCCGUACAUUACCCUGGUCACACUCGGGGGGAGGGGGCUGUUGAAUGCUUUUUCUGUGCUGUUUCCAGACCCCAUCUUCAGGUGUUUUGUUUGCUUGGAUUUUCUCUUUAACAAUAAAGUAAUUAAAAUUGA